AUGAAUGGCGGGAGCGGUGGAGGUGACGACUGCUUGCGCGAAAUUUACAUGUGGCUUGACGAGAUUCCGCUGUCGAGACCCAAGCGGAACAUCGCUCGAGAUUUCUCGGAUGGAGUUUUGAUGGCGGAGAUACUCAAGAGGUACUAUCCAAAGUACGUGGACAUUCAGAAUUACUUUCCCGGCAACAGCAUAGCCAAAAAAGUUGACAAUUGGUGCACUUUGAGUCGCAGGGUGUUUCCGAAAAUCAAUAUCAAACUGAAAAAGGAUGUCAUCGAACAGCUGGCUCAGUCGAAACCUGGGGUGAUAGAAAAAGUUUUGUCCAACGUGCGCGCGAAGAUCAUUAAAGACUGCAAUGACGACAGAAACUCUCUGUUCAAGGAUUGCGAGGAUCCCGACAUGGAUGAUCCUCUAAAGUUUGUUACGAAUCCUGAGGAAUGUUUGAAUCAAACCGUGCCUAAAAGGGUAUUCUUGAAAUUAAAGAGAGAAUCGGAUGAAAAGGAUGAAGCUAUACGUAUACUUUUGAAAAAAGUCGAACACUUGGAGAGCAUGCUAAAGUUUAAGGAACAAAGGCUAGAAGACUUGAAUACACAGUUAUCGUCUGAUUGCGACAAAAUUUAA